GGUGGGAUGAUGCCAUGCCCACCCCUCUUGCUGACUAUGUGCCUGCUGCAGCUCACCAUGUUACAAGGUGCUGCCACCUCAGGCGCAGAUUGUGGGCAACCAAAGAUCUCUACACUAAUUGUCGGGGGGAAUCCUGCCUUUGAUGGGGAAUGGCCCUGGCAGGUCAGCAUUUCACUUGAGGGCACGCACAUCUGUGGAGGCUCGCUCAUAAGUGAUCAGUGGGUGUUAUCGGCAGCACACUGCUUCCCUAUAGAUAAAGACCAAUAUAAUGUGAUGCUGGGUGUCUAUGAGCUUUCGAACCCCUCAAGCAAUGUGAUGGUCUCCUCUGUGGAUGGCAUUAUCCCUCACCCUGACUUUGACUACUCUGUUGAUGGCUCCAGUGGGGAUAUUGCAUUGGUGAAGCUGAAGUCAUCGCUGAAUUUCACCGACUACAUCCUCCCCGUCUGCCUGCCAGAAUUCUCGACACAGUUCCCCCCAUUCAAAAACGGUUGGGUUACUGGGUGGGGAGAUACUGACAAUGGAGUGGAACUGCUGCCUCCCAAAAGCCUUCAGGAACUGCAGGUGCCUCUCAUAGACCGAGACGACUGCAAUGAGCUCUUUAACUUUAAUCUGCCGGAAAACCUGGACCUUAAUCCCAUCAAGCCUGAUAUGUUCUGCGCUGGUAAAGCAGAAGGCGGGAUAGAUGCCUGCCAGGGUGAUUCCGGAGGACCCUUGGUUUGUGAAAGUGGAGGAGUUUGGACCCAGGUUGGGAUUGUGAGUUGGGGAGAGCAAUGUGCUCAGCCCAGCUUCCCUGGUGUCUACACCUUAGUGUCUUACUAUGCUGAUUGGAUCCAGAUUGGAUUUCUUGAGCAACCUGCAAAGCAUGCCUUGGUGCAUUGCGAGGCAUGUGCUGCCACCUCAGAUGCAGAUUGUGGGCAACCAAAGAUCUCUACACGAAUUGUCGGGGGGAAUCCUGCCUUUGACGGGGAAUGGCCCUGGCAGGUCAGCAUUUCAUUUGAUGGCACGCACAAUUGUGGAGGUUCACUCAUAAAUGAUCAGUGGGUGUUAUCAGCAGCACACUGCUUCCCUGUGAACAGAGAUAAAGACCAAUAUGCUGUGAAGCUGGGUGUCUAUGAGCUUUCGAACCCCACAAGCAAUGUGAUGGUCUCCUAUGUGGAUGACAUUAUCCCUCACCCUGACUUCGACUACACUGUUGAUGGCGGCUCCAGCGGGGAUAUUGCAUUGGUGAAGCUGAAGUCAUCGCUGAAUUUCACCGACUACAUCCUCCCCGUCUGCCUGCCAGAGUUCUCGACACAGUUUCCCACAUUCACAAACUGUUGGGUUACUGGGUGGGGAGAUACUGACAAUGGAGAGCCACUGCCGUCUCCCCAAAGCCUUCAGGAACUGCAAGUGCCUCUCAUAGACCGCAACACCUGCAAUGAGCUCUUUAACAUUAAUCUGCCACACGGCCUAGACCUCAAUCCCAUCAAGCCUGAUAUGUUCUGCGCUGGUAAAGCAGAAGGCGGGAUAGAUGCCUGCCAGGGCGACUCUGGAGGACCCUUGGUUUGUGAAAGUGGAGGAGUCUGGACCCAGGUUGGGAUUGUGAGUUGGGGAGAGCAAUGUGCUCAGCCCAACUUCCCUGGUGUCUACACCUUAGUGUCUUACUAUGCUGACUGGAUCCAGGCCAACACAGUCUCUUCAGAGGGCAGAAAUAGUGGACUGCGCUCCAUCCUCACGGUGUCACUACUGAUGUCUUUUACACUGACCCUGCCAUGAGAUACUCAUCCACCUACCCCUUCAGCCUGCCAACUCACCAGAUGCCCUACCAUUAUGUAGGAUGCUGAUUGGGCUCAAAUAUGUCCCAAAUCACCAAAUGCAGCAGGGCGUUGUUUCAAGGGACCUUACCCCACUUCUGUCUGAUAACCAUGUAAAUGGGUUUCACAACCUUUCAGUAGUGAUUUAAAUGCUGGGAUUUGCCCUAAAGAAGCCAGGCAAUGGUCCCAGAGAUGAUGCUGAGAAAUCCCCAUCCAAUCAUGGACUGGGGUUGGGAGCCACGGUGCUCUCAGGAUGUUCUCCUAUGCCAUUACACAUGAUGUUUGAUGACUGUGGUUCAUUUUGUUUAAGCCCCUGAGAGUUUUAAAUGAUGUGACAAGCAAUGAUGAAAAUAUCCAGCACCUGGGAUUUCUAA